AUGUGCGCAGAAUGUGGGGAGGACUACUGCGUUGGCAGCUUUGCCAAGUUUCACCAGAAGGGGGCUCUGAAGCUCCACAGAAUGAUCCCCAUCCAGACGGAGAUCCAGACCUCGGUCAGCACUCUGGAUGUUGUAAGCCACUUCCAGAGACAGGUCCACCGCAGCCCUAACCCCGAUUCCCAUGCGACUGGGAAAGGAGUGCUGAGGGGGCUGGAGGGAGGAACCCAGGCUAUCCCCGCUGUUGUGAAAUUCCACAAUGCACAUGGAAGCCAGGUUUUAUUUGUCAAUCACUCGGGAGCGCAGGACGAAUUGGACGAACAGGACUACGAUGAUGACCUGGAAAAUGAGGAGGUGGUGGAGAUGUUGACUCCUUCACUGCUGGUAGGAGAGUAUGAUGAGGAGGCAUCAACUUGGUCCUUUCAGGAGGCUCUACGGCAGUGGAGAGGAGACCGAAAAGAUGGAGGAAAGCAAAGAGAGGAAGGAGUGAGUAGAGAGGGAGGAUCGAGAGAACCGAUUUUAGAGAGAGGAGACACAAUUUGGAGACCCCACCAGGCCAGGCCAGUGGAAACGAUGGGGACCCAGGCAGACCUGAGUGAUGCUGGGGAUGAGCGAGGACCUGUGAAGGUGGAGUUCACCCAGUUCAGUGUCAGUUACUUGGAGAGACUGCUCCUCAAGAGACACCGCAGGACGCCGAUCGAAGCUUAUCAACCGCUGGCCUCCCUGGCAUCCCCGCAGACCUCCCCGACGCCCUGGCCCCCGCCAGAGGAAACGACUAACACCCUGACAGCUGAGGAUGAGGAGUUUAGGCGCUACUGUGCCUCGCUGUUUGCUGUGUCGUCCUGUGGUUGCAGUGCUGAACCGAAGCCUUCAUCUGGAUCGUGUCUGAGUAUCAAGGAGCUGGAUAAGACAGUCAGAGAGAGUGGCUUUGUUGCAGAGCCGAAGGCAGAAGACAACACAAAGUAAGAACUUCAUUAAAAAGCCUCCCCACAA